AUGAGGGCGAUCGCCACUCGCGUCUCUGGAGGGGGCAGAGAAGGCGCGGCGACAGCGCGUCUUCUCCUCCGCUUCCGGCCUCAAGCCCGUGUGUCUCUUCAGUCUGCGCCUUCUGCUUUGUCGCUCUCGUCCAUCCAUCGUCGACCGCCCCUCGUUCUCUCUUCUUCGCUGCAGCCUGCUUUCAGCGUGAGUGCUUCAGAGCCUGCUUCCCGGCGCUCCCAGGCUUCUGCCUGGCUUUCCCUCUCUGCUCGCGCCCUUUCGUUCUCGUCUUCCGCUUCCCCGGCGGAAGUAUCGCACGCUGAGGUGCUGGUAGUGGGCGCAGGGCUGACCGGGCUCACCGCGGCGCACACGUUCUUCUCUCAACUGUCUCCCCCCGCGCGGCGAGCGCUGCAGCAGCGACUCUCUCUUCAGGAUGAAGGCUCGCGGCAACGACAUGCGGCAGCUCCUUCGUCCUCCUCCGCUCCCUCUUGUUCCUUGCAGCAGGGGUCGGCCGUGGUGAUUGUCGCGGAGGCUGCGGCGCGGACAGGAGGCUGUAUCCGCACGCGGACGUCGUCGUGCGGUCGGUUUCUGUUUGACGUCGGCGCCAACAGCUUUCGGCUGACUAGUGGCACCUUCGCCCUCCUGAGGGACUUGGAUCUGCUGGCGCAUCUUCAGCGCGCAGACACCAGACUCGAGCGCUUUGUCGGCUUUAACGGGCGCCUUCACUCGCUGCCCUUCUCCUCGCUCUCAGCGCUCUUCUCCUCCGACCUCCUCUCGCGCGCCGGCAAGCUACGCCUGCUGGCGGGCAUGUGCGGCGUCUUCCCGCCGAGGUUCCUGUGGCAGAUGCUUCAUCCUCGUGCGCCCAGCCGCGCUUCCUCGCCGCCUUCUUUUGCGUCGCCCUCUUCAUCCGCCGAGAGCGGGCAGUCCUCCGCGGGCGUGUGUGCCUAUCUGCAACGCACGCAGGAGGACGAGUCCGUGGAGGAAUUCGUUUCCCGGCGCCUGGGACCUGAGAUGCAUGCGAGGGUGCUUGAUGCGCUGGUGACCGGCAUCUGCGCCGGCGACGCGUCGCAGCUGUCGAUGAAGGCUGCGCUUCCCGCGGCUUACAAGGCCUUCGAUCGCGGGUUGAUCUUCUACGCGCUUCAACUCCUCGCCUCGAAGCUCGUCUCCGCGGUGCGGGCUUCUCGCGCGGCGGCCGGCAGAGCGGCUGAAGCGGAGGCGGACGCAAAGCGCAGAGGCGAGAAAACACGUGACGCAGGUGUGGAGGGCGCGGCAACGAAGCGGAAUCACCACAGCAUGCGCGACGACCCCAGUAUGACUGGUCCUGACAUGCAGGGAAUUGUGAACUUCGACGAGGGGAUGGAAGUCCUCACGAAGGCGCUGGAGGCGCGGCUUCCUCUUGCGGCAUCUCACGCUUCAGGCGAGUUGCCAGCGUGCUCGCUUCGCACGCAGUGGAAGCUGAAAGAGCUGAGUACGGUGGAGCCUCCGCGAGCCGCCGGCGACCUCUUGUCAGCCGCGCCCCCCUCGGGCGCUUCUUUUGCGUCUUCGCGACCCUCGUCUGUGUGGUUCGAGGCUCUGUUUGAGACGCCCGACGGGUUGCGGCGAGUACGCACGCCGCAGGUGCUGCUAACAGUAUCGUCGGCUGAGACGGCCAGGGCCUUGCGCUCCUUCCUGUCUCCGGGCCUGCUGCAUCGUCUCGAGACGCUGCCAGCGGUCUCGAUGGCUCUAGUCACGCUGGUCUACUCCAAGCCUGAGCUGCGGCGUCUCUGCGGCGCGGCUGGUGCGCCCCGCGAUGGCCUCAAAGGCCCCCGGCCUGCUGGCGAGGCUGCGGCGGAGGAGCCGCACGUCUUCGAGGACUCUGACACCCCGGCGGCAGCCACGAAGGCCAGCCACGGAGCCGCAGGAGGCGCGCGGAGAGAGGCCGAGCGCCGAGCCCGGAGGAAGUCCUCCUUUUCUUUCUCAGGGGCGUCUCUUGCGGACGGUUCUGAGGGCGAGAAGCCCACCGGGAUGGGCUUCGGCUUCCUCCUCCCGAACGCGGAGCGCAAGCGUCGGCACUGGAAGACCCUGGGCGGCAUUUUCGUGUCUGACGUGUUCGAUGGACGCGUGUCGUCCUCGGCGAGCCUCUCGAUGUUUGGGCGCGAGCUUGCGCCGGCAGAGAGCGGCGAGGAAGACGUGAGCCUCGUGACGAUGUUUAUCGGCGGCAGCCACGAUCAGGAGCGCGUGAAAGAGAGCGACGAGGCCCUGGGAGUGGCUGCGACUGAGGAUCUUCUACGCGCAUUCCGCAGUCUCUGCGGCGCUUCGGGGGGCUCCUUUGCCCUGGCGCCGGAGGAGAGAGAAAAACUGAGGACGUGCGUGCGCGUCCUGAACGUCGAGCGGUGGCGCUCAACCAUCCCUCAGUACGUUAAGGGACACGGGAAGCUCGUCGAGGAGUUGCGCCACGAAGUUGCGGGCAGCGUGCGCAGAUCGACGGCAGACGCCCUUGGCAAGGCCGCAGGGGACGACGAGCGGGGAGGCGAGGAGGGCGGGUUGAUCGUCGAGGGCACCUGGGUGAGCGGCGCGGCGGUCGGAGAUCGCAUCGACGCGGGCAAGAAGGCCGGGCUCCGCAUGGCGAGGGCAGCCGCCAAACGCGCGACCCCCCCUGAGGAAUAG